UGAUUAACGCGCCAGUCGGCAGUGCGUGUUUGUCCCGAGUCGCGAACGGAGGCUGGCGCGUUUCCCUUGUUUUCCCAACUGAUAAGCAGAAGUUCAACCUAAUCCCCGUAAGAUGAAGCCGUUGAUAGUGGUUGUGCUCGUGGGACUGCUGGCAAGUAGCUGCCACAUUGUCCACUCCCAGGAGCCUGGUGAAGUCGUGGAGCAGGAAGCUAGCGAAUCGGAUGACGCACUUAAGAUUAAGCAGAGUCAGGCAAGCAUUGCCGCCCAGGUGGAGGUCAUGCUGGAGCACUUUAAGCAGGAGGAUCCGCAGGGCCUGCCCGGCGUUCCCGUGCCCGAUCCAUUGGAGGUGCCCGAUAUAAAGAAGAACUUGGGAAUGCUCAAUCUGGAUAUGAAGAAAGUACAGGGCUAUGGAUUGUCUAAGUUCCGCGUUGACAAAAUUAACCUAGACCUAAAGGAGAUGAAGUUAAAUGGUGGCCUCCAACUGGAUCAGAUGCUGGUCAAGGGCCAGUAUACGCUCAGCUCAUUCUUUUCGAAGAGCAACGGACCCUUCACCGUGGUCCUGAAGAACGUGUAUGCCGAUGCAACGGCAUUUUUGGCGGUCGAAAGAGAUGGCCGCCUGGUCACGGACCGCAUUAAGAUCGACAUCACCUUCUCGGACAUGACAAUGGACUUCCAGAACCUCGGCAUGGUGGGCAACGUCUUCCAGGGCAUAGUUAACGGGGCGCCCAGUCUGGUCUUCGACACGAUGAAGCCAUUUAUGCUGCAGGAGGCGGACAAGAAGCUGCGCACCGAGAUCGACACCAUGAUCAAGAACACCCUGGGUGAGCGCCGGCUGCCCAACUCCAUAACCCCGCUGGACAGCGCCAUAGCCAUGGCGCGCAAGAUGGUGCGCCAGAAGGGCUACGACCCGUACCAUUUGCCCGAUGUGAAUCGUACCAUGGGCGUGUUCAGUAUCCAACUAGCCCACACCUGGAUCAACGGAAUCUCGAGCUUCUACCGGGUGGGCAACAUAACCGCUGGAAUGGCCAACAAUACGGUGUCGGUGGUUCUCCAAAUUGGCACCCAGCAGGUGACCGGAGCCGGCCAGUGGGAGGUGGGCCUGGGCAUGAUGACACGCGUGGGCCACGUCCAGUUCACAGUACAGCAUAUACGCGCCACCGUGGGCGUGAGCCAGUCACUGGACACGCGCAAGCGGGCUCAGAUCACCGAUCUGCAGUUCGACAUGGGCAACAUCCAGGUGCGAUGCGACGGGGCCGGCACAUUGGACUACGUCAUGGAAUUUGCGGUGAACGUGAUUCCAAACUUGUUGCGCUACCAGAUCAUGGACGCCAUCGAAAACCCCAUUAAGCAGCGCGUCCAGGAGAAGUUUAACGCCAUCGAUGUGGAGCAGGUCAUCAAGAACAUGGCCCAAAACAACUUUAACUUCGACCCAAAGAUGUUGGGUUUGUGAGGCGAUAGAAAAUAAGAGAGUUUUUGCAAUCGAAUAAAGGUUUAUCCCCAGAUCAUGGGGAAUCACAAGCUA